AUGGACUGCUGUUUGUCGGAUCUAGCCAGGGAGGAGAGGCAGAUCAGUAGGGAAAUCGAUAAGAAAAUACGCCAGGACAAGAAAAACGCGCGCCGUGAGCUUAAACUGUUGGUCCUGGGCACAGGAGAGUCCGGCAAAUCAACAUUCAUCAAACAGAUGCGUAUUAUCCAUGGAAAUAAGUACACCGAUGGGGAGAGGCGUGGAUACAUCAAGCUGGUUUUUCAGAACAUAUUCAUGGCCAUGCAGUCAAUGAUUGAGGCAAUGGAUAAGCUGAAGAUUUUCUAUGAUCAGGAUGAGCACGAGGAGCUGGCCGAUCUGGUGAAGAGCUUAGAUUACAUGAAGGUUACCAAGUUCGAGGAUCCAUACGUGAACGCCAUUAAAACCCUUUGGAAGGAUGCUGGCAUCCAGGAGAGCUAUAAUCGUCGUAGGGAAUAUCAGCUGACUGAUUCAGCCGAAUAUUUCUUGAGUGACAUAGAUCGAAUUGAAAAGGCUGAUUACCUGCCGACGAAUCAGGAUAUUCUUCGUGUUCGUGUGCCGACAUUAAAUAUUCUUGAGUAUCCAUUUGCUUUGGAUGGCUAUGUGAUAAGAAUGGUGGACGUUGCAGGCCAACGAAACAUGAGAAGAAAAUGGAUUCACUGUUUUUCGAAUGUGACUUCAAUUAUGUUUUUGGCAGCGCUAUCGGAAUUCGAUCUCUCAUUGGCUGAAUGUCAAAAUGAUAAUCGAAUGAAAGAAUCUAUUGCCUUGUUUCGUACUAUUGUAUCAUUCCCAUGGUUUCAAAAUGCGUCAAUGAUUCUUUUUCUGAACAAACAAGAUUUGUUUGAGACUAAAAUUAGGACAACGCAUUUGGUAGACUAUUUUCCAGAAUAUGAUGGUCCAAAACAAGAUUCACAAGCGGCUCAAGGUUUCAUACUGCGAAUGUUUUUAAAAGUAAAUCCUGAUCCUGAUAAAAAGGUGUAUCCACAUUUUACAGUAGCUACAAGUACGGAAAAUAUUACGCUUGUGUUUACAGCUGUUAAAGAUACAAUAAUGGAAUGGCAUUUCAGGGAUACUAAUUUGGUGUGACCUAGAUUUCGUUCAGCCCAUUUU